AUGACAGAAGAAAGCACAUGCCAUGGGGAAGUCGAAGAUUCGAAGAUGGACGUUGUCACCAAGCGCACACCAAAGUCAACUGCACAGCGCAAGAAAAGGAAGCAAGAGUUAGGGCCCCAAGAGCUGGAGGAGAUGCUUGGAGAAAGUCACCCUGACAAGCCAGUAAAUGUAAGGUCACCAGUCACUUACUAUUAUAAAUGCAAAUGCCAGGUUUAUAAUACUAUAAAUUAUACACCUUAUACUCAGCUCUACUUUGUUAUUUUACUCAGUCUAAUGCCAGACGAUUUUACUCAUCAGGGAGAGCAUGCUGCCACUCAAUGGAUUAAUUAGACUGUCUGCCCAUGCAACUUUGUUAUUACAUCUACCUAAUGCACUACCUAAUGCACAUCGUUGCUCGAAGAUAUUAGCUCAUUGUUUGAGCUACUCUGUAAAUUCGAGUUAAAAUAAAGUAUAUGUAUGUAUGUAUUGUAUGGGUGGGGCAUUUGAUUUUUUGAGCAAAUUUUCAAUCAAAUACCCCACUGUCAGGCAAUAAAUAUUGGUCAAAUACCCCACCAUUUUGCAAUAAAUACUACCUUAUUAUAGGAAAUUAACGAUGCACUUUAUUAACACGGAUUUCAAAAGUUCGUGUUAAUUUAAUUAAUGUUAAUUUAUGUCAUCGUUAAUUUUAAGUAUGUAAUUUUUAUUUAUUGUGAGUAAAAAAAACCUUGAUUUGUUUUAUAUAACACUAACUCUUCUAAUAUCAAAAUACAGCAUAUUAACGUAAACUAAAAACAUCAGUGCUCCUCUCAACUGUUCACUAUCCGAUUCGUGUUAAUUUAAUUAAUUUGUCAACCAUGGAGGUCAGAUUUGCGUUAAUAUAAUCAUGUUUUAGAAAACCUAGAAGCAAUCCGUGUUAAUUUGAUGUUGCGUUAAUAAAGUGCAUCGUUAAUUUCCUAUAAUAAGGUAUGUUAAUAAAAGUCAUUCGGUUCAAAUUGCCCCAACUUGGGACCAAAAUGCUAAUCAAAAUCCCCAGGGUGGAGAUGCAAUUGAUGAUCAAAUACCCCACAUAUGCCCGCCCCCCCCCCCAUUGAUAGGUGCAUAACCCCAGUGGAAAUAUCACUUUUUAGUGAGCAUGUGAAAUUUAAAUUAAAUUUAGAAUUGCUCAGGACGACAUUAAAUCAAACGUCUCGGUGAUUAGCGAUUUUGAAGCAAUAUAUCCACUGUGUUAACCUAUAUUUCAGUAUUGCAUUAGCAGGUUACCCGUAAAGGAGCAACUAGCUGUGUGGGUUAAACCGCUCAUGUGACAAAGAUUGUAAAAUAAAAUAAAAAUAAAUAAAAUAACGUCAGAUGAUUUUAAUAGCCGAAUUCAUAUUAGAGACGGGAAACUCGUCUUAGAUGGGAAACUCGUCUCAGACGGGAAACUCGCCUAAUAUGAAUCCGGGCGCAGACAAGUUUCCCGUCCAAACUUUUCCUGUCUUACUUACCCAUCUAAACAGACGGGAAAGUUAGACGGGAAUCCCAUCUAGACGGGAAACCCGUCUUAAAUUCGAAUUUAGACGGAUAAAUAAGACUAGUUUCUCAUCGCCAACACACGGUCAAAAACUGGAACUAGGGCAAGGGAGACAAACAAAAUGGCGGCCAAAACGAAAGCAAGUAAGCAAAUUAAAGCGAGGAAUACUACUUCAAAACAAACAAAAAACAAGGUAUGGAGUGAAGACGAAGUUAUCACAUAUGCAAACGUGCUUUGUUCAACAGAUAACGCAGAGCGGUCGUGGUUAUACUAGAUCGAGAAUUAUGCAUUAAAAAAGUCUGCAAACGAAGAGUUGUUUCGACGUAUAAAAGAGGACUUUGAUAUUACGAUGCGUUACGAUUCUGGUGAUGAAACAUUUACCAUUGAACAAUUACGUGCAAAGUUCAAGUGA